UAGAAUUCAAAGAGUUCAUAAAAUAUUAAAAUGUAUAUUUGGUUUCAAUUUAAACUAUUACUAGAUAAAAAUAUGUACUUACUAUUUAACUAGUAACUGCUUUAAAAAGUACAGUAAAAAAGGUUGUUCUAAUUUGAAUAAAUAAUAAGUUUAUAUCGGCACCGGACACUGUAAAAAAAAUUACAAAAAGUGCAGCGAACGGUUCUAUUUCAUUUUUGAUUUUUGUCUGCUCGCCGUUUGUCUUUGAUCACGUGUGACGAAUUAACAUCAUGACUGUACCAAAACUCGGAGAUGAACUACAAAAACCCGCGGCAGUGACGGAUGAUUCGGAUUCGGCGGAUAAGCCAAAUUUGAAGGGAGAUUGGUUGAAUUUUUUCCUAUUAAUGUUGCUGUACACGAUGCAAGGCAUACCGUUGGGCAUAGCGGCGGCAAUGCCGAUAAUUUUGCAAAGCAACAAAAAUGUAUCCUACAAAGAUCAAGCAUUAUUCAGUCUAGUCGCAUGGCCGUUUAGCUUGAAACUGAUAUGGGCUCCUUUGGUAGACGCGCUGUACGUGCAAAAGAUGGGAAGACGGAAAUCAUGGCUCGUUCCGGUUCAAUAUUUAAUGGGAGCAUGCUUCAUUUAUAUGGCCGGCAAUAUCGACGAAUGGUUGCCAGAAACUCGAAAGCCGGAAAUACUGAAAUUGGUAUCAGUAUUUUUCUUCGCAAAAAUCUUAGCCGCCACGCAAGACAUAGCCGUCGACGGUUGGGCACUGACAAUGCUCAAGAAGAAUAACGUGGGCUAUGCUUCUACUUGCAAUUCAACGGGUCAAGUGAUGGGCAUUAUGAUAAGUUCAGUGUUUUCCGUCCUGUUGACGUCAGAAGACUUUAGCAACAAGUACUUACGGACUAGGCCGGAGGUGGGAGGAGUGUUCACUAUGAAAUGUUUAUUCUAUGUUUGGGGUAUUCUAUUUAUAUUAAUAACUACAUUGAUUGCAAUUUUCAAAAAAGAAAAAGAUAACAGAUUAGAGGAAGACCACGUAAAGCUCAGCAUUGUUCAAAACUAUUCACUACUAUGGGACAUUUUAAAAUUACCUAGUAUUCAAUUAUUGGCAAUAGCAUUGCUGACAGCGAAGAUCGGAUUUGCUGCAACUGACAGUGUGUCAAUUUUAAAACUCAUUGAUGCGGGAGUACCAAAAGACAACAUUAUGGUUAUACACACAACAAUGUUUGUCGUAAAAAUAAUUUUGCCACUUGUUGUAGCGAAAUACACUUCAGGACCAAAACCGAUGAACGUCUAUCUAACAGCUACACCCAUCAGAUUACUUUGGAACAUUUCAUUUUUGGCAUUUAUUUAUUAUACACCUACAUUGAUAACGAUGAAUGGGUUUGUUAAUAUUCCAAUAUAUUACUAUGCACUUUUAGUAUUUAUAUUAUCAAUACAUGAUAUUCUAGCCAACAUUAUGACUGUAUCUACAUUAGCUUUUUUCUCUCGAAUAAGUGAUUCACGUUUUGGUGGUACCUACAUGACAUUAUUGAAUACGCUUUCAAAUUUGGGAGGAGCAUGGUCAUCUUCAGUUGCUAUUGGAAUGAUAGACUUCUUAACGUUUAAAGAGUGUUCUUUAGACCACAAAAAUAAUUGCUCUACACCAAAUCUAAAAAACAUGUGUGAAACAAAUGGAGGUGAUUGUGUUGUUAUAGUGAACGGUUAUUACGUAGAAACGGCUGUGUGUACCAUGAUCGGAAUAGUCUGGUUUUUUAUUUUCAGAAUUAUCCUUAAAAAUAUUCAAACUAAGGGCCCUUCUGAUUGGUUGGUCAAUAUAAAGAAACCUUCCAGUUAGUAGAAUGAAAUAAAUGUUUAUUGCUCUAUGUCUAUUUAACCAUAGUGAUGAACAUUUGGAAGGCCUAAAUAUGUAUUGUAAUUUAUUUAUUAUUUUAGUGUUAUAGAUCAAUAAUAAUUGUUAUUAAGUUCUCUAUUGAGACAUUACAUUUUAUGUUAUAAAUUAUAAUAUAGUAAUGUUAUUUCUAUAAUGUUA